AUAAGCGGAGCGAGUUUAGUUCCGAGGCGGGCGGCACCGUGCGAGCACGUCCGACGUCCCUAGACGGUGAAACCAAUAGUUGUUUACUAGCAAACUUCACCCGACAACAACUUGUGUAACUUUUGCCUCACUUUAAAACAAAGUUCCCUAGUUAAUUUGUGGAUUUAAAGCCGUUUAUGUCUUCCUUUCUUUAGCUUUUACCUAAAGGAGAAACCGUGAAAGGGAUUUGGUUUAAUUAACAAAAACGUAUAUUGAGCUGCGUUUUCUAUUCACAAAAGUGAUGGUGUAACAGUGCAGCGUUAAGUGUGGACAAUCAAUUUAAGUGCUUGUGCCUUUAUAACUAAAAAGGUUUAAAAAUUGAAGUUCUACCGUCAACUAAACAAAUGUUUGGUUGAAAGUUAGUGAAGGAACUGCCCAGAGACUUUCACAAGAUGGGCAAAGACUAUGGAGAGCCUCUACACUAUGACCCCGACUUCAACGGCCCCACUCACAACCGGUCCUGCACCGACGUGCUCUGGUUGAUCAUCUUCAUACUGUUCCUCGGAGGAUGGGGCUUCGUCGGGUAUUACAGUUUCACGAACGGCGACGUGGAGCGUCUGUUGGCGCCGAUCGACUCGAAGGGGCGGCGCUGCGGGCUCGACGCUGACGUCAUGAACAAGAAGUACCUCGUCUUCUUCGACAUCACCAAGUGUCUGUCGCCUGAAGCGCCCAUCACUGGGUGCCCCACUCCACAGGUGUGCGUGAGCCAAUGUCCCGACACCACCAUCCUCUUCGAGUCAGUCCUGACAGCGUCGUCGCUGGAUCAGCUGCGCGCGCGCAUGGUCUGUAGCGAUGACGUCAACACACAGACCAUGACGCUGCAGCAGGCGCAGCAGUACAUGCAGCAGGAGAAGUGCGCCAAGUUCGUGCUGCAGAGCCAGCCAGUGUUGUACCGCUGCAUCGGCGACCUGUCGACGCUGAAGUGCCAGGACGGACGGGGCAGCACCCUGCGGCCCGCGGGGCAGGCGGCCGGGGCCGAGGUGUGCGUGCGCGACCCCGCCGCCGCGCGCUCCACGCUCGUGCACCGCGCCACCGCGCUAGACUCCUACGUCGGCCUCAUCGUGGCCAGCUGGGUCACCUUCUUCACGCGCGACGAGCGAGACCUGCAAGUUCUUUCCUCCCAGAUAGUGGAGGACCUGGUGCAGUCGCGGUGGUACCUGGCCGGGGCUCUCGUGGGAGUGGUCGUGCUAUGCCUGGUUUACAUCGUGCUUCUACGCUGGGUCGUCGCGCCCGUCGUCUGGACCUCUAUUGUUGGACUGCUGGCGUUGCUUGGGUUUUCGCUGUACCUCUGCUACCGCAACUACGAGUACUAUCUGGCCAACCCCGUGUCGCUGAUCCAGACGACCAACCUAAAGGGCUACGCGCAGAGCAUCUUCGCUAGUCACCGCACGUGGCUGGCGCUGCUGGUGGCACUGGCUGUUCUGCUAGUGGUGCUUACACUGAUGGUUAUCUUCCUGAGGAACCGGAUUACUAUCGCUAUAGCGCUCAUUGGGGAGGGGAGCAAGGCAGUGAGCGACAUCAAGUCUACAAUGGCUUUCCCGCUGUUCCCGUGGCUCAUACAAUGCGUCAUCAUCGGCUACGGAGUGGUGGUGCUUGUAUACUUGCUGUCGAUAGGACAGUCCACAUUCAGCGUCGUCAACUUUGCCAACGACACCUGCAACUGCAACGGGAAAUACACCAAGGACUACGAGAGCUGCGACCCGGUGGAGUUCACGGCGAACUGCCACGACAGCGCCUCCCCCGCGCUGCCGUGUCGUCAGGCCACCUGCCACUUCACCGGCAUCGAGAGCCCCUACAGCGUCACGUAUAUGCAGAUCGUGAACGUGGUGGGUUUCUUCUGGGCGAUGUUCUUCAUCAGCGGGCUGUCGGACAUGAUGCUGGCCAGCACCUUCUCCACGUGGUACUGGACCUUCCACAAACGCGACGUGCCCUUCUUCACGCUCACCAAGGGCAUAUACCGGACUAUGAGAUACCACAUGGGCACGGUAGCCAUCGGCGCGCUCAUCAUAACCAUCGUGCGUGUCAUCCGAGUGUUCCUCGAGUACGUGGACCACAAGCUCAAGAAGUUCGACAACAGCUUCACCCGCUGUGUUCUCUGUUGCUGCAAGUGCUUCUUCUGGUGUCUGGAGAACUUCCUCAAGUUUAUCAAUAAGAACGCCUACAUCAUGUGCGCGGUGCACGGCAAGGGCUUCUGCAAGAGUGCCAGGGACGCGUUCUCGCUGCUCAUGAGGAAUAUUAUUAGGGUUGUCGUUUUAGAUAAGGUGACAGACUUCAUCUUCUUCCUGUCCAAGCUGUUGAUCUCAAUCGGAGUUGGCAUCGGCGUGUUCUACUUACUCCAGUGGAGCUACAUCUACGAGGUGACGCAGGGCCAGCGCCUGCACUACAACUAUGUGCCGGCCAUCAUACUGGCGGUGGCCACGUACCUUAUUACGACUAUCUUCUUCAACGUCUAUGCGAUGGCUGUUGAUACGCUGUUCCUUUGUUUCUUGGAAGACUGCGAGCGUAACGAUGGAUCAGUCGAGAAGCCAUACUUCAUGUCAAAGAAUUUAAUGAAAAUCCUUGGAAAGAAAAACAAGAAGCCAAAAGCAAAUUAAGUACCUAUUACAAGAAGAGUGCCAAAUUUUAUACUUACCUGGGUGUUGUGAAACUUAAUGAACAUUGUAAGAAGACAAUUACAUUUGAUAAAAUAUUUAUAAUUAGAAUUCCAGCUACUGCAUAAAGGCUGUAGUAGUGGAGUAUUUACAUAAAAACUUAAAAGAUGCAAUCAAAAAAUACCUUAAGUAUAAUUAAUUAGACUUGAUUGUAAAAUACUAUCAAGCUGAAGCCAAAUAUUAAUAGUUCUUUAUAGAAUUUACAUUACAGUAUUUUUUUCACAAAUCCUAGCAAUAAUAAAUAAUUUACAUAAUAUAGUUUAAGAUUUUUGUAUGAUGUUAUACUUUUGUAAGAUACUAGAGAGUUUGAGAAUGGAUACUUGAAGUUUAUACUGAUGUAUUUUUACUAUUGUGAUAAUGAUAAUGCCUAACAUAUUUUAAUAAAACAAAGUUAAAUAUAAAA